AUGCCCUACAUGAUCAAAGCCCUUGUUCUACACAUACUGCUGGCCGACGCAAUUAUGAGCCAAGCUGUUCUCGCCAGCCCGCUCGGCGACCUCCAUCUCCGUGGCACGAUGCCUGUCGAGGCCCUUCGCGAACAACCGGACUACAUCACCGAUGAGCUUGACAAUCGCGGCAAGACGGCCCCAAAACUGGCGACGGCGGACUUCCCCAGCAAGAGCUACACCUGCCCCAAGACCGACGCGUAUACGGAGACCACCUACACCUCCGGACAGCUGACGAAGGCAUACAUUGACGCUGCCAAGUAUGCCAACGAGGGUAAACAGCUUGAAAAGAACAAGUACCCCCACAACUUCGCCAACCACGACAAGCUACCUUUCGAGUGCGGUGCCACCAAGCAGGAGUUUGGUCUGAACCGCGAGAAUCCCGCACGGGUAUACAGUGGCGGAGAUGUCAAGAAAUUGCCCGAUGGGUUGAAAUUCGAGUAUACUGGCAAAGGUUAG